ACGGAUUCUUCGGACAGAUUUUUUGCAUAUACUAUCAUGCUGGUGGUUGUCCCGAUUCUGCUGUGCGUUUCUCGGACGUUCGCCGAGCCGGUAGUACAAGGACGUCUAGGGAGAAUCCGCGGGACCGUGCGAAAAGUGCUCGAUGUCGAUGUGGAGUCGUUCUUGGGCAUUCCGUACGCGGAAGCGCCCAUCGGGGAGCUUCGUUUCGCCCUACCUCGAGCGUUUGGAUCAGUUGGAGACUUCGAAGCGACGAAAUAUGGAUUUUCCUGUCCUCAGCCGAACGUCUUCCCACUGCAACAGUUCUCCAACACGACCGACUCGGAGGACUGCUUGUUCUUGAAUGUGUUUCGAAAGGCAGGGACGACGAGUUCGGAUAUGAAAGCGGUGGUCGUGCUUAUACACGGAGGCGGUUUUCUCUGGGGUUCAGGCGGCCACGUAGAGUUCAACAUGGCGCCUUUGGCCGGGAUCGGAGAUGUUGUGACCGUCAGCUUCAACUAUCGCCUGGGUUUUCUCGGUUUCGGAUAUUUGGAGAACUCCGAGUUCAAGAACCUUGGCCUGUUCGAUCAACGCUUGGCUCUCGAAUGGGUCCAAGAAAACAUCGCGAUCUUUGGCGGAGAUCCCGAAAGAGUGACACUCAUCGGGGUGAGCGCGGGCUCAAUGUCAGUGAGCACACAAAUUGUCACUCCACUAAACAGCCAGAAGGGAAAUUUGUUCCGCGCAGCUUUCAUGGACGCCGGAGUGAUAUCCAGCACCUUGAUCAAUGAACCGAGAGUCGCCGAGAACAGAACCCGGUGCGUUGCGAGAGCUGCGGGAUGUACUGGAGAUGAGAAUUUGAUCGCGUGCCUGCGAGGACUCGAGCUGGCCGAUAUACAGAGGAGCGGAGAAACAGCUGAUUGCGGUCCAAUAAUUCUGCGUUUCACUCCCACGUCCGAUGGAAUAUUCUUGCCUGAGAACACCCAGGAGUAUCUGAAGAGCAACGCCGGAAAUUUCCUCAAAGUCAAGACAUUGAUCGGUUAUGCGCAGAACGAAGGUUCGAUGUUCGCCGCAAUGAGUGGCGCGGGGCAUCCGACUACCCUGACCGAUGAGGAUUUUCUGGAUGUCAUACAGGAGAUCAUCCGUGCGUACCGAUUAAGAGUCGAGAUCGACGGCGACGAACGGCUUAAGGACGCCAUACUGGAAAAUUACCUCAGGGAAUUCGUCGACCCAUUCACCGCCUUCGAUCAAUUUAUUGGAGACGCUUUCUUCUAUUGUUCAUCGAAUUCUUUCAUCGAGAACUACGCACGAGUCAACGGUCACGUCUAUGUAUAUCGGUUCGACAAAGUUAUGGAGAGAAAGUACUUUUCAUUCGAUCCGAAGAUCUUCGGAGCGUAUCACAUGUCGCCCUUCAUUCACUUCACCGGCGCCUAUCUGGAAGAUUCGGAAGGAGAACGGAGGGUCGCAGAUGCGGACCAGGAGUACAUGCUUGAGGCAAUGAAGGUGUUGUCCGACUUCGCCAAGAGCGACGAUACGCCCGUGUACCGUGGACUUAAAUGGCCCCGCUACUCAGAGGAUGGAGAUUUUCUCGUGAUUGAUAAGGAGCCGCGGGUCAGCUCAGGUUUUCCCCAAAGAACGCGAUGCCGGUCAGUCUUCCCGUAUUUCGAGAACACGCUGUCUCCGCAUAGAGAAGAGCUGUAA